UUCCGUGCUCUUCCUUUUUUCGUUUGUUUUCAUUCGAAUUUAUUUCCAUUUUUACAGGAAAUCGGUUCAUAUUGAAUCCUAGUGAAUCCUUUUUCUUCAAACACUCAAUUUAACGAGUCUACGAUUUUCCGAGGUAACACCGUUCUAAAAAUGAAUGACGAAGUGGCCAAAACACGACCAAGCAUCAUUAUGCUGGCAUUCUCAACUAUUACACAUAUCCUCUUAUUAGCACCAGUAAUAUAUAUAGUGGUUCUGUCCCUUCAACCUUUCAUCUUUUUCUCCUGGCAUGUUAUUUGCUCAACCUUGGGUGUCGGACUUUUGACAAUGGAGGGAAUGUUCUGCGUUUCUGGCGACGCUUACAUGAAAUGGAAGGUAUCCAGGAUGAACAGAGCAUUGAUUCAUUUGAUUCUUCAUCUAAUAGGAUUGCUGCUGAUAUUGAUCGGUAUGAUCAUCAUCAUACUCGGCAAGAUAGAAUACAAGAAAUCUCACUUCGUCUCGUUUCACGGGAUUAUCAGCUUGAUCAGCAUCAUCUUUGCGAUUCUGAUAGCCGCGUCUGGCUUCGUCGUUAUCUUUGACAAAUGUCUGUAUCACGGUUGUAUCAGACCAAUAAUUCUGAAAAUCAUGCAUUCGUUCGGUGGUAUUUUGGCCACGAUACUCCUGUUAGCCGGCCUGAUCACAGGGAUUUACACAGAAUGGUGGUCUGGCACUUGCCUUGGAAGAAGUCUGACGGUCGCGUCAUUCCUCAUUGCCGCUUGCUAUAUCUUUUUAAAGCCGAUUUUGGGUAUCAUUUCUAGGUGCAAAGUGCUUUUUGGAGAAGUACCUAAUGACAUGAACAAUGAAGAAGAAUUGAACAAUGAGUAUUGAUUGUGAUUUUGGAAAUGAUUGUUUUAUUGUUUGAUGUUAGUGAUGGAUUAGAUUGAAUAUUGAAGCUACAAUAUUUUAUAUUGUAGCUAAUUUUAUAUUGUAUUGCUGAUAUACGGACUGUCUUAUUUAAAAUAAGAUAUUUAAUUUUAUCCUUUUGUUGUGAUAGUUCUGAAAGAUAUAGUAUAUAUAUAUUUUUUUCUUUUUUUUUUUUUUUUUUUGUUUUUCAUGCAAUUUGAAUUGUAUGAAAUGAUGAAUAUAUUGUAAAAAAUAUUUUUGUACCAUGUUCUUUUUGUCAGAUUUUAAAAUCAUCGUUAUAAUGGUAUUAUGUAAUUUGUACGCUUUAAUAUAAUAUUGGUAUAUUAUGCUAUGUCAAUACUAUACAGCAUAGAUAAUACUAUAGAUAAUACUAAUGCACUAUAAUAAUAAUAUCGUGUGCUAUAUUAUACAGAAUAAUAUAAGGCUAAUAAUACAAUAUAUUGUACAAUAUUACACUGCAUAAUAGCAGUAAUAACAUACAUCGUGGUAUAAUUGUAUAAUUCAGUAUAUAAUAGUAGUAUUUUGUACUGUAUUAUUAUAUAAUUAUUCAAUAUAAUACUCUAACAUUGUAUUAUCUAAUGCAGUAUAGUAUGUGGUUAUGCUAUAUUAUAAAAUCUUUGUAUAUAUGCAUAAUAUUUUUAAUUUAAUUUAAAACAGAAGGAAAAAUUUUUAAAUUUUUAUAUGAAAUUAAAAGGCUUAAA